AUGGAAUGGGCUCCAGUUCCAGUUACUAUAAAUGCAUCAUCUUCGCCGUCUCUACCAACCACAUCACCGGACCGAUGCGCUAUCCACAAUUCCUUACCUCUUUCAACAACCACCAGCGCCACAACACCUACCGGUGCAAACGAUGCGGCAACAUCAGCGGUAGCUACUGCUGCAGCUCCAAUACCGCCAACUUGCCUCCUUGGACAGUACAAUUUCGAGGGUUCUUCACCAUCUAACUGUCGACCGAUCCGUUCCCAAAGAACACCGAUGCGUGAAAUCACAACGUUGGAUGAUCCCAGCGAAUUGGAUGAAUUCAUGCAGCAAGGCGAAGAAGCCUGCAUAUUGGAUAUGAAAAAGUUCAUCACGCAAUUUUCACUUAGGCAAACGACAGUUGCUAUGAUGACGGGAGUUUCUCAGCCAUACAUUUCAAAACUGCUCAAUGGUAAUCAUCGUGAAUUGUCAUUACGUUGUCGGAAAAAUAUUUAUUCCUGGUAUCUGAAUUGUAGACGACAUCCAGAAAAACUUUCUUCUUUCCUUGCCGAUCCAUCCACUCGUCUAGAGACAAAUGGUGAUGGUGAACUGAUUCCACAACGUCGCGAACGAUAUGUUUUUCGCCCGAUCUUAAUCCGAAUUUUAGAGGGUUUCUUUGCUCAAACACCAUUUCCGGAUUUAAACCGUCGAAUUGAGAUUGCUACUGCCUGUAAUCAGGCACUGCAAAUAGAUAAGAAAGGAGUUGGGUUGAUGCCAAAGGAAGUAGUAUCACCACAAGUUGUUGCAAAUUGGUUUGCCAACAAACGGAAGGAGUUGCGUCGACGGUCUAAUGAUGAGUGUAACGAAGCUAAUAAUGCGAAUCUGUCACAAGUUAGCUCACCUGAUGCUAUUUCAUCACCAUCACCAACAGCUAGUAUGUCAAAUACGCCAAUGGAAACAGAUCGGUUGGGUCUCGAUGACCGAAUCGUUGGAUCGGUAGCUACUUCCGUUCCCAUAUCUGUUCCAGCUGUUCGACCAGGAAACAGUCCCAUUGAAGUCGAAACAAGCCUUUUCCCAUCGCUAGCGCAUCAGCAACAGACAACGCUUGUGCAGACAUUGAUGAAUCCAAAUAAUUUCUGCCCAAAACCAGAUCCAGAAUCACCAGUAUCAGCAGCGUUACCAAUUGCGUCAACUAACUAUAUCAACAUCGACGAUACGGGUCGUGAUUCGGUAGAUCCAGCAGCACAGCAAUCACAGCAUUCGUCAGAUGGAUCGGCAUCAGGUCAAUGUUUAGCGGAAAUGCAGUGCCAGCUAGAUUUGGUGAAUAAUUCGGUAUUAGCAUUAGUAAAUCCAUACAAUAAUCAAAUCCAUAAUUCCGUCAUGAAGGUUGAACAAACUGCUGAAUGA